AUGCACCUUAACAGCGGACCCGGAGCGACUUUACAAGCGAGCCAAGGCUCGGUCAUGUGGCGGACGAAGCAGCGGCGGCAGCCAGAACAGCGUAACGGACAAGGACGCGAGGUGACCAAGCAGCGACGACAUGGAAAGAUCGCAGCAGCAGCCAGCAGGAUGACUACGGAAGGGGUGAGCAGCACGACUCUGAGUGCAGGCUACCAUGACAUCCGGCAAGGGGUGGCAAUUGUGUGGCUGAGCCGUGCUGGCAAGCGUCGCUGUCGAAGAUCGCCCGCCCAAACGCCGCGCUCAACAGAUAACAAGGCCGGCGAGUCGAGCAGAGGGCGCUCAGUCUAA